UUUUAAGGUAAAAUCACACUUACAUGUGUGUGGGUCACCUCAUCUCUUGUCCUAAUGUCUUGGACCCAACAUAACUAACACAGUUACACAGUUGAACAGUCACAAAUGUAAUUUCAAAACUUCAUUCCAAAAUAUUGGGAACGAAAUCCCAAGUCGUUCUCCUCAAAAUGUUGCUCAAAGCAAGUUUCACCCCAAACCGCAAUGCCGAUCCUCUCUUUACAAACAACAAGUUUUUUACUAGUUAAAACCGCUGAACUUGCUCCAAAAUUAAAUGCUCAUUUAUGCCCCAAAAUGGUCUCUACAAACAGAGCCUAACUUUCUUCCAAGUUUUAUUGUGUUAUAAGAAACGUAACUUGUAGUUACAAGAAGUUAAAUCAAUGGUUAUGUCGAUAAGGGCGCACGAAAAGUACAAAAUUCGUGUGUUUCUAGAUCAACUAGUUAGUGAAUCCCGCUAAAACUGUAUAAUUUAACAAAAUGCGUGGUCCACACUCUAAGGCACUAUUUUUCUCAAUAAGAGAAAAAACCAUCAAAAGUUGCCGUUGCUAUCAGCCUAUCAUAAAAAAUAUCAACGAGGACCCCAAACCUCUACGGUGUAAAAUAAAACAUUUAGAACAUGCCCAAAAUCUGGUUACGUGAGAAAGCCAUAAAAAGUCUCAAGUUAAUGGUUACUUAAGGAAAGGUGAUACUCCGUAUAUUGAACAACCAUCUUACGCCCAAGAUACUAGGAAAACUUGUAAAACAUGUUUAAUGUUCCACAAAUGUUGGAGAAAUCCCUGCACUCAAUUUACAUGCAUCCCCUCCUAUCCUUCCUCUCCUCUCUCUUCUUCAUAUUCUUCCUGUACAAAUGGCUCUUUACCAAUUCCUUAAAGUUUCAAAACUUACCGCCAUCACCGCCAAAACUUCCAAUUUUAGGACAUCUUCACCGACUAGGCAUACACCCUCAUCGCUCUCUCCGAUCUUUGUCUGAUAGAUGUGGUAAACUUAUGAUGAUCUAUUUGGGCAACAGACCUACACUUAUAAUCUCAUCGGCAGAGGUAGCGCAAGAAAUCAUGAAAACCCAUGAUUCUGUAUUCUCCAACAGGCCUAAGUUCAGCAUAUAUGAUAAGCUACUUUACAAUAGCAGGGAUGUUUCUGCGUCCCCUUAUGGAGAAUAUUGGAGACAGAUGAAGAGUAUAUGUGUGCUUCAGCUUUUGAGCGAUAGAAGAGUUCGAUCUUUUAGAGAUAUAAGAAAUGAAGAAACAGCUCUGUUGAUGCAAAAGAUUCAGAAAAGUAAUGCAUCAGUUGUGAAUCUCAGUGAAAUGUUUGUCGUCUUGACAAAUGAUGUGGUAUGCAGGGUGGCAUUUGGAAGAAAAUACAGCGAAAAUCAGGAAAGUGACAUUGAUUUUAUGGAGGUGUUAAAGGAGUUUGUGGAGUUACUUGGGGUAUUUAAUGUUGGGGAUUUCAUUCCCUGGUUGGCUUGGGUGAAUAGAUUCAAUGGUAUGGAUGCAAGAUUGGAAAAAGUUGCAAAAAGGUUUGACUUGCUACUGGAAGGAAUACUUAAAGAGCACUCUGAUCGACAUAAUCAAACAAAAAAUAGUAAUGAGAAUGAGAAUGAAGCUAAGGAUUUUGUAGACGUUUUACUUCAAGUUCAGAAGGAAAAUUCAGCUGGUUUUUCUCUAGAAAGAGAUAGCAUCAAAGCUCUGAUACUGGAUGCGUUUGCAGCAGGAACUGAUACAACUUAUACUGUGCUAGAAUGGGCAAUGGCAGAACUCUUGAGGAAUCCUAGAGUAAUGGAAGAACUUCAAAGAGAGGUAAGAGGAAUUGCUAGAGACAAUGAACAUAUAAGUGAGGAUGGUUUGGAGAAUAUGAAGUACUUGAAAGCAGUGAUCAAGGAAACUCUACGGCUGCAUCCACCAAUUCCAUUACUGGUGCCUCGAGAAUCAACUCAAGAUUUAAAGAUAAAAGGUUAUGACAUUUCUGCUGGGACUCUUGUUUUUGUCAAUGUUUGGGCAAUCCAAAGAGAUCCUGUUAUUUGGGAAGAACCUGAGGAUUUUUGUCCUGAGAGGUUCUUGCAUUCUUCAAUAGAUUUUAAAGGGAAUGACUUUGAGCUGAUUCCAUUUGGAGGUGGGAGAAGGAUUUGUCCAGGAAUAUCAUUUGCUAUAGCUAAUAACGAACUUGUGUUAGCAAAUCUUAUGCACAAGUUCAAUUGGACGUUGCCUGCUGGAGUCAAAGGUGAAACGAUGGACAUGUCUGAAAGCACUGGUCUCACUAUUCAUAGAAAAACUCCACUUCUUGCUGUUGCCACUCCACAUCUUUAUUAGUAGAGUAUCCUAUUUGUUAGAAUCCAACCUUCAUGUACUUGUAUUUUGCUUAUCUAGUGCUUUCUAGGAUCUUUCUAAUAAUUUUCUAAGCUCUAGAUAGAAAUAUUAUGUUACUGUCAAUCCAGUGUUCACCGGUAGUUUGUAGCUAAUUCAAAAUAAACCUCUACGAGGGGUAUGAAUGAAUGAAUUCCUACUUCUCACCAAUUGUUACCAUCGCUUUAUUGCUUGUGUUUUGUUGUAGGCCUUUAUAAAUAUUGUGCCAUCACUUGCUCUAAAGCAUCCCAAAUCCCACAAAGUCCCACAAAUAGAUAAAUUCUCGUCGCCGGUCACGCUUGUGCCUGCCGUGCGCACACAAGCGCCCCGGUCGACCCUCGUCCCUCGCUCUUGUCGCCAAUAGGCAAGAGCGCCCUUUCAGAAUCAAACGCUGCUUACUCGUGCCCCUACGAGUCACGAGACACUCAUUCUGCACAAGGCUCGCAUCCUUGCCGCCAAUAGGCAAGAGUGCACCGCACGGUUCCGGUGUCAAAACAUUCGGACCGUGACACUACUCCUAUAUGCAAUUAAUUGAGAAAGGUUUUUAAUUAGACUAGUUAAUCACUUAAUCACCUGUGAAUUGAGAAAGGUUUUUAAUUAGACUACGUUGUAAAACUUAGCUGUUUUCUAUCAUAUGGAAGCAAGUGUAUCGUUACAAUCUAUAAAGAACAAUGUUUCAUAGUUCUAGAUUUUCGGAAGAUUUUAUUUUUGAUGAGCAUAGUAAGUAUUUAUCAAUGACAAGCUGUUCUUUCCGAAAUAUCAUAUUAAAAUUGUCCAAUUUCCCAAGUUGUCAUGACAAGUCAUUGUUAUAAUUUGAUAAUAUUGGACACAUUUUGGUCCCUGCAAAUCUGCAACGUAGGACUCAUACAAUGGCUUGCAGAUGUAUACUACAAUAAAGAAGAUAGGAAGAGGAAAACCUCACCUAUAGCCAGUCAUUAGCAGAAAUAUCUGCCCCUACCACAAAGAAUCCUAUCUCAGGGGUUUUCGUCCAAACAUGCCCCCCACCCCUAUCUAGUCAAUAAUAUUAUUUGUUUAGUCAUGUAGAGUAGCUUCUCCAUGGCAAGGCCUUGAGCCACGCAGCUGAUAUUUCACCCACAAGGCCACAACCUCCACUCACCCUUCCUUAGGAAUCAGCUAACCUAUGGUGACCUUAUGCUCUUUAGCUAAUCCACAAAGGCGCAAACCUACUUGUUAUGUUCUCAGCAAACCAGCUAAGGAAUUCAUAAUGACCCAUGAAUUAGUUUUCUCAAACAAGCCUAAAUUCAGCAUUUUGUGAUGACUCAGCAGAUGACUAGGCAGAAGCAGUCCAUAGCAACUACAUGCCAGAAGAGGACAAAGGAAGGAUGCAGACAAAAACAAUUAAGGGGAGCAGCAGCUUGAACAAGGGCACAGCAGCAAACAACCACAACGGCACCUAAGUAGUGGAUGGGUGGUACAAUUGAGUAGCAAUAAAAGGAGGGGAAUGGGGGCAGCAAUGCUCAUUAUGCUUUUGUGUUGAGACAACAGAGAGUUGUGGCCUAAAGUCACUAUAUUGGAGAUUUACAGCCUCAAGCUGUUAGUUUGUAUUCUGGUUCCUGUAAACCUUUUUGAAUUCCUUGAUCAACAAUCAUCAACUUCCUUUA